AUGGAUCCAAUAUCACUUGCCGGCUUGGCGCUAGGAGUUGCUUCCAUCAGCUUGCAAGUCUAUACGGGAUGUAUUCAAGGGAUACAGCUUCUUAUCACGGCUUUGGGUUAUGAGGAUGACUGCAAGUAUCUCAAUCUGCGCCUUAGGAUGGAGCAGCAACGCCUGUUUUGCUGGAGUGAGGCAUCCGGCCUUCUUGAUCUAGAUGCCAAGAAUCAGGAAAAGGUCCUCAACUCCAACGUGUUCAAUCUUCAUCGUCAGACUGUAAUCGAUCUGCUUGUCCAGAUUCAAUGUCUGUUUAAUGAGUUUACCGAGUAUCAGAAGAAACACAACAACCUCUUUGUUGUGGCGGAUAGGGAUGGUGCUUUAGAGUCUCCAGAGAAAGAUGCCAAGCUGUCAAACUAUCCCAUGACUGAGAAGAAAAGGAACUUUAUCAAAAAGGCCAUGUCUGAGCUCAAGAACAAGUCCUCUGAUAAUCUCACUAGACUGCGAUGGAGUUCGUUUGACAAGCAAGGAUUUGAGAAACUUCUGGCCAAGUUCUCACUACUUAAUGACAACAUGACAAAUAUCCUCGACCACUCAUUGCAGGUCGAGAUUCGCAACACUGUACAAGAUACUAACCGUGGGGUCCUAUUACUCCAUCACAAGAUCGCCGAUCUGAGUCAUCUCGUGUUAGCUCUCAAGUCCCAGCUUGACGCAAACUCUCCAGGGGGGGGCUCGCAGAUGUCCAAGCGGGAGAGGGAGGCCAACGCUGACGCGUUAAGGCAGUUAUCGAGACUUGCCAAGUUCAAAGCGUUCAACGAGACUAUCGACCCAAUGACAGAAAAUCCUACAGUUAUCGAUGAAGCUGCUGCCAGGUUCCUGGACCUUGCCAAGCCUGGCCAUCAACGGAACCUGUUCAUUCCGCGAUAUCUCAUCGAGUUGGAUCCCGAGGUUGAUGAAUCAGAAGCCCCAAGAUGCGAAGCAUUAAUGAAAACAGCCCUAGGUAAGAAAAAGGUUUGGAUCGAGUGGAAGGACUAUGACAACGCAGACACACAACCAGGUUCUCUCUCCAAAGCCGACAUAAUCGAGCGAGUCCGCAAAUUGGCUGCUCUCUUGAAUCACAGUCCAAAGCCAGAGGCUUUCUGCACACCUCACUGUCUUGGUUUCUUUGACAAGGCCGAUCCAAGUGUCGCAGACGACGACGUUGACAUUCUCGACCGCCGACUCGGUCUCAUAUUUGAACGUCCGUCCGACGACAACUUGCAUGCGUCACUGCCGCCUGUGUCGCUUCGUGAGCUUCUCCAGGACCCCAGUAUUCGCAAGCCGCGCGUCACAGAACGAGUUCACAUUGCGCAUGCCCUCAGCAACUGUCUUCUUUACCUCCACGCUGUCCAAUGGCUACACAAAGGCCUCCGCGGUCAUAAUGUGUUGUUCUUUCGAGCACGCGACGGACGUGUUGAUUAUCGACAGCCGUUCCUUUCGGGCUUUGACUUCUCCCGCCCAGGUGGCUCGGAAGAGAUGACUGAUGCGCCGGGAGAUGAUGCAGAGCACGAUCUGUACAGACACCCAAACGCCCAGUCAAAUCGUAGACGGGACAGAGAGCGAUCAAAGAAGAGCUUCGAUAUUUACAGUCUGGGCGUUAUCCUGGUCGAACUGGCGCACUGGCAGCCUAUUGAAUAUGUUUUGCGCAUUGAUAUACGACGUGCGCGCGGACGGCCAGAUAUUGUGCGCGGCAUUCGAGAUGCUCUGUUGAAAGAGGAUAGAGUUGCAGCGAUCGGCGCUGAUAUGGGAGAGAGGUUUGAGAAUGCGACAAGGAAAUGCCUGGAUGGUGGUGAAGAGCUGGGACUCAAAGAAGGCGAUGACGAGACUCAAGAUGAAGUCGCUGAGAAGUUAUCAAUGACAUUUUAUGAGGAUGUGGUUAAGCGACUUGAAGAAGUUGUUGUCUAG